AUGAUGCCGGACGAGAAGAACGGUCGCGUUUUUGUCGUCGAGUCGACACGUCGCGAUGACGCCGUCAGAACUAUUCUGCUUAUCAUCCUGCUCAUUGUCUUCCCUGUAAGUUCUCAUAUUGUCCCCGAUAAUCUGAGAGAUGAAAGUUUUCGUCGAUAAAUCAACAAAAAAUAAAAAUUUUCCUCUCGGAAAACUUGCAAAACCCUAUUUGAAUGUUUUUUGAGUUUAAAUUAUCAGGUUGUCUUGUUAAAAUGAUUUUUGGGUUUGUCGAUUUUUAUUUCAUUCUAUAGUAGGGAUUUGAUGACCUUAAAUUUCUUUUCUUUUUCAUUUCGAUAGGGUUCAUUCACUAAAAUUUUCAUUUCAGCCGGCUGCGGUUGCAGUGCAUGCGAACGAAUGCAACGUGCACGUCUUCAUUUCGCUGCUUCUGAUUCUGCUCUUCAUUGUGCCCGCCUACAUUCACGGCAUCUGGUACUGCUUCAUCCGUAAGCCGCGGGCCGUCAUCCUUGCAUAA